AUGGUGGAACUCAACAAUCAGGAUAAAGUAUUUCUAGGUGCAUCCCUUGCAACCGCAAUCAUCGGUAUUGCACUUAUUGUAAUUGGUUUUUUAUUCCGAUUUGGCGGUGGAUUUGGGACAUUUUCCACGUAUGCCCAACAGGAUAAUGAUUUCUUAGAGUUGAAACGUCUAGAUAUGAUUUUUGGAUUGUUCGUUGCUGCUGCCUGUGUGCUUGUUAUUUCCUUCCUCGUAGCAACUGUAUCCGUUCUCCGACACAAUUCGUUUUUGCUGAAAGCCUACUGUGCAAUGGUUGCUCUUAUGAUUGUGGUUCAACUAGUUGAUGGUCUUCUAGCUUUUACAUAUUCUGAUCAAGUAAAUCAAUUGGCUUCUGACGAUUUUAUGUACGAAUCAUUGUCGAAAGCUGCUCAAAAAACCAUCCCACCAAUUGGAUCACUUUCCUCUGACGCCGAAGUUCAGUUUUGGGCAAAUACUCAAGAUUUAUUUGGUUGUUGUGGAGUUUACAAUUCCACGGAUUGGUCAGUGUUUUGGGGAGUAACUGGAACUAACAACGACUUGCAAGCAUUGCAUUGUUAUCCACAACAUUUUAAUGAUGGUUGCGAGAAAACUAUCAGAAAUAAAAUUUCGUCGAAUGCUCAAUACCUCGGAGCAGCUUCCAUGGGAGUUUUGGUAGUUGAGAUAAUUGCGAGUUUCUUGGCCGGAUAUCGUGCAUACACAUUGGCUCAUCCAGAAUUCGAAGACAAAUAAUUUAUUAAAUUUUUAUUUCGGUUUAUUUAUCAGUUUUGUACAUUUCUUUUUAUAAUUUGGCAAUUAGAACAAAUUCAAUUUUACACAAAAGA